AUGAACAAUAUUAUGUUUUUUUCCAUUGCAAACCACACUAUUACUGUAGUUGGAUCAGAUGGCAGCUACACGAAGCCCUUAAAGAACGAUCUUAUUGCCAUUUCCCCUGGACAAACCAUAGAUUUCUUGUUGGAAGCUAAUCAAAAACCUGACCACUACUACAUGGCUUCCAGGGUUUAUGCUAGUGCCGGGAAUUACGACAACACAACAACAACAGCUAUUAUUGAGUAUAGGGGAAAUUAUACUCUCCCAGCAUCUUUAUUUCUUCCUAGUCUUCCUAAUUUCAAUGAUACAAAUGCUUCAGCUAAUUUCACCGGGCAACUCAAAAGUUUGGCAAGUAAAAAUCAUCAUGUUGAUGUUCCACUGAAUGUGACCACUAAAUUAUUCUUUACCCUUUCCAUCAAUUUAAGUCCUUACCCCAAUAUUUCAUGUGAGGGACCUUUCAAUGAACGUUUUUCAGCAAGUGUGAAUAAUAUAACUUUUCAGCUACCCAAAGUCAACAUUCUUCAAGCUUACUAUAGGCGCAUCAGAGGAGUCUACGGAAAUGACUUUCCCAGUGAUCCACCAUUGACUUUCAAUUAUACUGUAGAUUUUACCCCAAGAGACUUGUGGAGGCCUGAAAAUGGGACAGACGUAGUAGUUCUUGACUAUAAUUCCACAGUGGAGUUCGUUUUCGAGGGAACAAAUACAGUUGCAGGGAUGAAGCCCAUUUCUUUCAGAAGAUGCCGCUCAGUUUUGAUCAAAUCUGCUUUCAGAUCCACAUAUUUCUGUAGACAAACAAGAGAAGAAAUUAAUCCAGUUCCUACACCCGCUUCCGAUUAG